AUGAAACCAAUAGAGGACGACGAUGGCGUUAAAGUGAUGUUCGAAUGUCACAGUUCGUUUGCUCCUCUUGACGAUGUCGAGCUAUAUGUUCAUAUUGUUAGUCCUUCCAUUAACCAAUCGCAAGAGUCGCAUUUGCAUCAAUACGGUAUGAGCCAACCCACUGAUGAAGAGCCAACACAAAACAACGAACCGUUUAUACCUAACGAAGAUCCUACAAGUGCACAAUCGAUUAGCAUGUACGCCCCACCGGAUCACAUGCGAAAUAUCUGUUUAGAAGAGGCACAGUCUGAAUCAAUAUUUGGUUCGCACAAAACAAACUAUAAUGAUGUUGAUUUAUAUGAGGGAAUGGAGUUUGAAGACAAGGAGGAGUGCGUUGCUGUUAUACAACAUUGGCAUAUCACCAAUAAUCUUGAUUAUUGGGUGUACAAAUCUGAUAAGAACAAAUAUGUCAUCAAAUGCAAGAAUCCAACUUGCCCAUUCAAAUGUAGAGCAUCAGUUCGCAAGAAGAACUCCAAAUGGACAAUAGGUAAGUUGAGUGGACCACAUGUCUGCACAACCACUUCAAUGUCGCAAGACCAUAGACAACUUACCUCAUAUAUUGUCUCUCACUGCAUCAGAGAUCUGGUUAACACAGACCCAUCAAUUAAGGUAAAGCUCAUAAUCUCUCAUAUAACAGGAAAGUAUGGUUAUAAUAUAUCUUAUAGGAAAGCAUGGAUUGCAAAGGUAAAGGCCAUAGAAUCCCUGUAUGGAAACUGGGAGACAUCUUACAAUGACCUUCCACAAUGGUUAUUGGUAAUGAAAACAUAUCUGCCUGGAAUGAUAAUAGACUUGGAAACGUUACCUGCAUUUUCAAACGAAGGAAGCCAGUUGGGUGAUAAGAUGAUAUUCCAUCGUCUAUUUUGGGCUUUUCAACCAUGUAUCCAUGGUUUUGCUUAUUGCAAGCCAAUUGUUCAAGUCGACGGAACAUGGUUGUAUGGAAGGUACAGAGGGACAUUGUUGAUGGUUGUGGCGCAGGAUGGGAAUGGUAACAUUUUUCCAAUUGCUUUCGCUAUUGUUGAGGGUGAAACCAAGGAUGCUUGGAGUUUUUUCCUUCGCAAUCUAAGAAGCCAUGUGACACCCCAAUCCAAUCUAUGCCUAAUAUCGGACAGACAUCCAUCGAUUAAAAGUGCCUAUGUUGAUCCUGCAAAUAGAUGGCAAAAUCCUCCGUCUUCACAUGUAUAUUGCAUUAGGCAUAUCGCACAAAAUUUUAUGCGUGCGAUUAGAGACAAGGAACUACGUAAAAAACUCGUCAAUAUGGGUAAUAGUCUAAUUGAUCUUUGUGAAGUACUUUUUCAAAUGAUCUUUGUCGAUUUCUUGACAUGUUUAUUAUUUGUAACAGGAUAUGCAUUGACGGAGUCAAUGUACAACUACUAUAGAACCGAAAUUCGUCAGACAAAUAGAGAUGCUUUGGAGUGGAUUGAAAAUAUCCCCAGGGAGAAGUGGGCAAGGGCGUUUGAUAGAGGGCAACGAUGGGGACACAUGACGACUAACCUUGCAGAAGCAAUGAACUCUGUGCUAAAGGCAACCAGAAACCUUCCAAUAGCGUCUUUGUUUUCGGCCACAUAUUUUCGGAUGGGAGCAUUAUUUGGUCAACGUGGACAUGAAUGGACAAAGAGGUUGACAUCAGGCCAAACUUUUACAGACAAGUGUAUCAAGGGGAUGACUGAAGAAGUCAACAAAGUAAGCAGUCAUAAUGUUUAUCAGUUUGACCGGGAGAGGUUCUAUUUUAUGGUGGCCGAAAGAAUAAACCACAACGAUGGUCGACCAACUGGUACUUACGGUGUUGAUCUACGAAAAAGAACAUGUGAUUGCGGAAAAUUUCAAGCGUUCCAUUUGCCUUGCUCACAUGUGAUUGCAGCAUGUGAAAGUAUACGCCAAGACUACACCAUUCACAUACCCGACGUGUUCAAGAUUCAACAUGUUUUUAAAGUCUACCAAGAAAGCUUCCAGAUCCUCCCACAUCAAGACAAUUGGCCGCAAUAUAGAGGAGCUACUCUUUGUCAUGACGAAACUAUGCGUAGGAAAAAAGAGGUCGCCCAAAUAGUACUCGGAUUCGAACCGAAAUGGACGACAUGGAAAAGGAAAAGAGAAUGUGUGGGAUAUGCCGUGAAGUAG